CAGUUCUGCGCCUGCGCCCCGCUGGGGAAGGUUGAGGGCUUUGGGGCCGACUGGCGUUGGGCGCGCCUGCGCCUUGGCUUGAGGGGCGACCGGAGGCGGGGCCCAAAGAGGGGAGGAAGGGGGCGGAGGGUGGGAAUAGGCCGCAGAAGCCAGAGCCCUGACCCACCGGCGACUGCGGGGACGCCGCGCCGGCGCCCCCCAUGCGCCGGGCGGCGGGACGGCAGCGUCGGGGGGCGCCAUGGCCUCGGCGGCGGCGGCUGGCGAAACAGAGGAAACCACCCGGCUGCGCAAGCCGCGCUUCUCGUUCGAAGAGAACCAGAUCCUGAUCCGCGAGGUGCGCGCCCACUACCCGCAGCUCUACGGCGCGCAGAGCCGUCGGGUGAGCGUGGCCGAGCGGCGUCGUGUGUGGGACGGCAUCGCCGCCAAGAUCAACGGUAUCACCAGCUGGAAGCGCACGGGCCAGGAGGUGCAGAAGCGCUGGAACGACUUCAAGCGCCGCACCAAGGAGAAGCUCGCCCGCGUGCCGCACUCCACGCAGGGUGCCGGGCCCGCCGCCGAGGACGCCUUCUCCGCGGAAGAGGAAACCAUUUUUGCCAUCCUGGGGCCAGGUGUGGCGGGGCCAGGAGCAGGUGCUGGGGCGGAGGAGCCCCCUGCAGCCCCCUCUUCACAGCCGCCGCCCCCAAGCGCCUGCCCCCAACGCUAUGUGUUGUCAGAAGAUCGCAGGGAGGACCGACGUGCAGAUACAUCAGCCCACAGCAAGGGGGGCUCCAGCAGCCCCGAGCCCUGGGCCCGGCCCUCCUGCAAUCCUCAGGAAGGGGGCUGCCCUCGGCCCAAGGAGCGUGAGUCCCCACCCCCUUCGGCCCUGCAGCCAGUCCAGCUGCCUCGCCUGGCCUUGUCUCCACCACCCCCAGCCCCUCCACUGCCACCUCCACUGCCACUGGCCCAAGUGGCACCCUCGCCCCCAAGCCCCCCACCCCCUCCUCGGCCUCCACCCAUGCUCUUGGCCCCAGACCCCUCCCUGGACUUCCUGCGAGCCCAGCAGGAGACUGCCAACGCCAUCCGGGAGCUGGCUGGCACCCUUCGACAGGGACUGGCCAAACUGAGCGAGGCCCUCAGCGCCCUGCUGCCCCUUCUGCCAGGAACCCCAGUCGACUCCCUCCCCCCACCUCUGCCGCCACCCCCACCCCCAGCUCCCAGGCCUGUCCUGCCCCCUCCAGCCCCCAAAGUAGAGAUCACCCCAGAGCCCGUGUCCGUGGUAGCUGCUGUGGUGGACGGGGCAGUGGUGGCAGCCAGGGGAGUGAUCAUUGCCCCAAGGAGCGAGGAGGGGGUGCCCCGGCCACCCUCAGCCCCACUCCCUCCACACGACUCCCCCCCACACAAGCGGAGAAAAGGUUUCCCUACACGGAAAAGGCGCGGUCGAUGGAAAUCUCCGUGAAAUCUACUAUCUACACUCCUGCCUGCACCCCCUCUCCCCAGCUUGGCGCAGUCGAGGGGGGCGACGCUCUCUGCCCAUCUCAGCUGCACCCUAGCUCUCUGCUCCAGGGAUGUGAGCACUCCCUGUGCUAGUUAGUGCCUGAUUCUCUGGAGGGGCCUCAGCAAUGGGCCCCCUCAACCCCUUUCUCUGGUACAGUGCUGUCUGCCUGGCUGCCUCCCUUAACCCUGACUUCUAAGCCAUCGAUUUCAUGUUAUUUAUUAUUGCCCUAUGUAGGGUAGGGAGGGAACCUCUCGGGUCUGCACAUAGCCCCUCCCUAACAAUUCCUGUUCUUGACUUGAAGAGAAUUGACCCGUGGGGGACUCCCUACCUCCCAAUCCCAGACUUUGGAGGGGGUGGGAGUUGUAAGACAAAUCAAAAUAUGGAUGACAAAGGGGAUAUAGCCGUCUAUACCCUAGGGAGAGGAGACUCCGAGUUCUGAUAGGAGAGGUAGAGGUUGGGUUCUCUGCCUACCACUGCUAUCUCUCUCUGACUUCUGGAGCUCAACCCCCUCCUUUCUCCCCAGUGGGGACAAUAUAUCAAUAAACUUAUUUUUAAUACAA